AUGAACUCUAAUUUCAUUGCACACCAGCCUGAGGCUCCCUUGAGUCCAGAAUCAAUGCUCUCGGAUGUUACUUCAAUCCCAAUCGCUACGCCAAGCUCAACCGGCCAAAAGCGUAGCCCAUCCCCGACCAACGAUGAGCCUUCAAAGCGUGCGAAGACAGAUGGGGAUUCCGCUGAAUCUAGCGAUGAGGACCGGCAGCUGGACAACGAGAAUGAGGAACCUGUAGCCGAUGUCGCGGGCCAGGCUGAAGAAGACCUGGAGGUCAUCGAGUCCCCCGACAACAACACAGAAGAUGCCCCAAGAAUCUAUCUGCCGUAUGGCUUUCCACCUAUAGACCCUGCCAAGAUGCAGGAGCUUAGGGACUGGCUCGAAAGCCGUGCCAAUGUUGAAGGCGACAACCAGGUUGCGGCUGGGCUUCACACACAGCUCUUGAAGUCAAUGGAACCUGGACACCAAGACCUGGAAGAGAUCUGCCGCAUGAUGGGCAUUGAUACCAAUGGUAUUAACUGGAAAGACGGUAUUCAUGUUCCGGGAGUCAUUGAGUAUGGGCUCAAAGCAAGACCUCAUCAGAUUUCUGGUGCAAACUGGAUCUCGACGACUCUUGAAUCGCCCCUUCGGGCUGCACUCUUCGCGGAUGAGUGUGGCACUGGAAAGACAGUGCAAAUUGGUCUUGCACUGGCCAUUCAUUAUCACCGCAUCAAAGCAGAAGUGGAGGCUGGAACUUUCAGGCCUCGGGAUGAGAACAGAAGGUUCAAGCCUAGUAUCAUCCUGUGUCCCGCCGACCUUGCGUACCAAACCUUCAAAGAAUGGUCUCGCUGGUUUCCCAGUUUCUUCAAAAUCCGGAUUUGCCAUCGUACAAGGUUUCUCACGCGUGACUACUUCACCAGAAUGCACAUCAUGCCUCACAAGAAUGGUCUACAAGAUUGGGUCAAUGAGAAUGCUGCGUCGCAUGAAGACAUCGAGACCCUUCGAAGCAUCGCGAUCGUCCCCUACUAUACAGCAAUGCGGCGAAUGUUAUGGCGCAGAAGACGAGACUGUGAUGGCAAUGAUGAAAAUGGCGAGGCCAAUGACGAAGAUGACGACACCAAUGGAGAAUAUCGCGAGGCCAAUAGCGAUGACUCUGACGAUGAACCAGACACGCAAGCGCAAGUCGGACCUAGGAAAAAGGGACGCAAGACCACCGCAAAGGAGAAGAUCAACUUCAAAAUUACUGGACAGAGCUACAACUGGGUCAUUUGUGACGACGUCUAUCCCAUUCGGGGACCUCGUCCCUUGACGCAUAAGCUGAUCCACCAGCUUGAGCAUGAGGCGACGCUUGUCUCCUCGGCGACGCCACUCCUCAACCAGCAGGACGACAUGUAG